ACCCCCUCGUCCUCCACAGCAGAGUGGACAGAGACCCAGACGUACAGCAGUGAGGACGGACGGAGGGACGGAGGGAGACGAUGGUGAACCAAGUGGAGAUCUAUGCUGGGAUGCUGUUUUUGGCUGUGUGUGUGCACUCAGGGGCAGCUGCUGCAGGCAUGCUGAAGGUUGACAUGGUCCAGGAUGGGAGUGGCGGCGGCGGGGACACCAUCAGCCACUCCCUGACCCUGGUGCAGCGUCUGGAGGCCCUGCUGAUCCAGGGGAACGGCAGUGACGUGUCGCUCAGGGUGGAGACGCCCAGCGCAGACGAGGUGAAGGUGAUCCAGGCCCACUCUCUGGUGCUCUCCCUGCAGAGCCCCGUGUUCGAGGAGAUCCUGCUGAGCCGCAACAGCAGCAUGCUGGUCCUGAAGGAGAGCUCAGACUGUGCCGCUGUGUUUGACAAGUUCAUCAGGUAUCUGUACUGUGGAGAGAUUUCUCUGCGCCUGGAUCAGGCCACACCUUUACACAAGCUGGCCACUAAGUACCAAGUGAUGGGUCUCCAGCAGGGCAUCACCCAGUACAUGACCCAGAAUCUGGCCCAGGAAUCCACCUCAGGCCACGUGGCGGGCUGGUACGAGUACGCCCUGCAGGCCGGGGACGUGACUCUGAGGGACAGCUGUCUUCAGUUUAUGGCGUGGAAUCUGUCGUCGGUGCUGCAGAGCGGGGAGUGGGUGACCAUCAGCAGCCAGCUGCUCAUGUCCCUGCUGCAGCGCUCGGACCUCAUCCUGCAGAGUGAGAUGGAGCUCUUUGCAGCGCUGGAGGCCUGGAUUAUUCAGAAUGAGCCCGACGGUCUGACAGCGGAGAACGCCUUGAGAGCAGUGCGUUAUGCCAUGAUGCCACCACGGGAGCUCUUCCGCCUGCAGACCCAGUCAUCGGUUCUGGCUCGCUAUCAGGAGUCGGUGCGUGACCUGCUGUACAUGUCCUACCAGUUUCAUUCUGCAUCGCCGCUGCACAUGGCCAAAUACUUUGACGUGAACUGCAGCCUCUUCAUGCCCAGGAACUACCUGUCGCCAGUGUGGGGGUCGCCAUGGAUCAUCAGCAACCCCUCGCGUGACGACCGCAGCACCAGCUUCCAGACCCAGCUGGGGCCCAGCGGACACGACUCCAGCAAACGUGUGACUUGGAACGCCCUGUUCUCACCGCGCUGGUUACCCCUUAGCAUGAGGCCGAUGUACACGGAGACAGGCGCCAUGCAGCCGACACGUGUGGAGGGAGGGCGCCCUCGCAUCAUCAUCACACCGGCCACAUCCAGUGCAGAUUUUGCCGGGGUGAACUUCCAGAAGACGGUGAUAGUGAUGGCUCAGCAGCAGGGGAAGGUGGUGGUCAAACAUGUCUACAACUUCCACCAGAGCACGGAGGAAAACGGGGAUUUCUUGGCCGAAGCCGACCUGUACCGCCGGACGUCGGAGUACCUCAUCGACAGCUCCCUCUUCCUCCAUAUUGUGGUGAAGCCGCUGUACCAAACCCUCAUAACCAGCAAGAACUGACCCUCUGCCCUCCUCUCCGAGACACCUUACCUCACCGAACACAGUCCAACCGUGAAGUGACAUCUCACUUCUAUUACAUCAUGAGGACGUGGAUCUGAAUCGUCCUCUUGUGUGAUGUUUAGAUCAUUUGUCUCGUCUCAUUUAACUUCUGUUUUCACUGGGCAACUAACGACCUGACUGUCUGAGAGCAGUUUGUAAAUCAUGAGUGUAAAAAUCAUAAUGAAACAUGUUUAAAGGAUGAGUCUGGUGCUGUUCCAUAUUUUUUUUACCGUCAACAAAUCCCACAAAAAAACUUUCAAUGAAUGUUUCUACCAACAAGUACUUGAGUGUAUCAAGGCCAAAUGUGGAUCAGUCCACCGCUGACAAUAGUCCCAAACAAAUGCAUGCUUUCCUCCUGUUUGAGCAAUGUUUGAUAAAAACUACAGUGACCAGCUGUUGCAGGAAAUGCUUGUGCUGAUUUUUUUUUCUUCAGAAAUCAUUUCACAAUUCUUGUAAAAUGGUACACCGUAGACACACCAACGUCUGGAAGUUGUGUGCAAAUGCUGCCAAAGAAAUAUGACCCCAAUCAGCCUGAUGAGGGCGCUAUAAUCAAAGGUCAAGUUUGAACAGUCAUAACCAGUGGUUCCUAACUGAUAGGUGGCAGUCUAAAAGUGGGUCAUGGGUCCAUUCUGAAUGGACCGCAAGGGACUCAUGAGUGUGUCAAGUCAGUGUGAAAUUUCUGGCACAAGCUUUUAUUUUGAAGUGCCAGCUGUAGAGUAAGUAAAUAAUGUACAGCUAUUCACAGAAACAGCAAACUAGCUCGACAACAUGGCCAAAUGCAAGUACGACAUGUAAACAGACCUAACUCCACAACCACUGGACCAAACUUGUAGGAUAUGUUCACACAAGUACCUGAAACAUACCCUAAAAGUUUCAUUCUACUUGAACACUAGGGGGUGCUGAAAAUGCUAAAAAUGGGCGUGGUAUGACACAAAUCAGAUUUUAACCAGAUACUACUGUUUCAAUCAUAACAAAACUCACAGGAUAUGAUUCAUAACAGCAUUGAACCAGGUGUGUAAAAUCAUAUUGAAAUCGCUCAAUAGGUGGCGCCACCAGUGUAACAUUUGGCCAUAAAUUAAUAGCAGUUUGUCCAAACAUCACUAAACUCUCUAUAUCUCGCUAUUUUUCAAUAAGGCGUCAUGGUGGUGCAGUGGUUAGCUUUGUCGCCUUGCAGCAAAAGGGUUUCUGGUUCGGGGUGGGGGAGCCAUGUUUGCAUGUUCUCCCUGUGUCAGCGUGGGUUUCCUCCAGGUGCUCCAGCUU